AAAGUCUUUAACAUCAAAGGACUUUUGUACUAUAAAAAGAGCAAAUGAACCCACCAAUUUCUUAACCAAUUUCCACUCAACAAUCGCUUUUCCAAGUUCCCUCUCAUUUCUCAACCCCAAAUAGCAUGGAUUUCUUCCAAUCCCAAAGCCAACAAAAACACCUUGCAAAGAAUAGCAACAAAAGGAGGCUAACACAAGACCAAGUGAGACUUCUAGAGAGAACCUUCACCACCAACAAGAAGCUUGAGCCUGAGCUCAAGCUCCAACUAGCAAAUCAACUAGGUGUGCCUCCAAGACAAGUUGCCAUUUGGUACCAGAACAAGAAAGCCAGAUGGAAGACACAAAGCUUGGAGCUUGACUAUAAUACAAUCCAAGUGAAGCUAGAAAAUGCAUUGGCUGACAAAAGGAGAUUAGAGAAAGAAGUGAUUCAGCUUAGAGAGGAGUUGAGGAAGGCUCAAGAAAUGGUUUUUGCUUUCAACCAAGGAGUAGUUCCUUCUCAUCCUCAUCAUUUCCAUCCUCCUCCUCCUCUUAAUGUUUCUUGCAACUCUUCUUGUGAUGAAGGAGGUGGUGGCUCUAGCUUGCAUGAAGAUGUGAAUGGUGAGGUUUUGCAACUCGAUGAGCUUUAUGCUUGUUUAAUUGGUCCUGGUGGUGGUGGAUCAACCUGGGGUUAGUGGGUAUGUGACCAAAGUAGACUACGUACUCUUUCCUAUAAAAACCAUGGGUGUGUACUGCUUGGAAUUGAAGCACCCUCUCCAGAUUUUGGAUUGACACUUGAGCAGGUGGUGUGUUGAAGAAAUUAAAGCUUGUUUUAAUUUAGGAAGAAUUAAUGUUAAUGACGCUUGUGAAUUUUAAUUAAUGGCAAUUGAUGUUAAUUAUAAUUAUUAGUCUACUUCAUAUAUAUGUUGAAUGUGAUUACAAGUAUUGCUUCAUAAUA